AUGACCAUCGCCCUUCGAAAACUUGGAUACAACCCCUACCACGGUUCAGAAUGCUUCAAGAACCCCCCUCGCGACUUCAAUCUCUGGAUCGAAGCAAUGGAAUGUAAUUUCUUCAAUACCCAUCCUGAGAAAAAACCAGCAUACAGCACCGAGGAGUUUGAUCGUUUGAUCGGAUCAUAUGACGCCGUCCUGGACGUUCCAGCGUGUCUGUUCUGGAAAGAUCUAGCCGCAGCCUACCCAGAUGCCAAAAUCAUAUUGACGAACCGGGAUGUAGACGCGUGGCAUAAAUCGGCCGAUGCGACAGUUUUCAAGUUCAUGCGAAUUCCGUUCUUUCGCGUUUGGCAACAUAUGGACUCCAAAGUACUCGGGCCACUGUUUCGGAAUUCGGAGCUUGUGUGGAAGAUCUUUUGCGGAAACAACUAUGAAGAGGCAGUUGUUAAACAGGCUUACCUUGACCACUAUGAGCAGAUACGUGCCGCUAUCCCUAAAAGCAGACUCUUGGAGUUCGAAACUGGAAAGGAUGGAUGGAAGGAGCUGUGCGAGUUCCUCGAUGAGCCCGUGCCCGAUGAUGAAUCUUGGCCUAAGGCCUACCCGACCGCUGAAUUCCAACACCACAUGGAUUUGGCAAUGGCUGGUGCAAUCCGCACGAUCGUGCAAUGGACUGGGCUAGGCCUAGCUGUGGGAGUUGGGGCCUUUCUUUUGCGGAAGAACUGGUCAAUGUUGGCACGUUGA